CGGAGGGGAGAGACAGAGGUGGGGAGAGAAAGAGCGAAGUAGGAUGGGAAGCUCGAGGGGCUGAGAGAUUGCUGCGCGCGCACUCGCACACAAAGGAGACGAAGGAGGAAACAAGCAGUGCCGCGCUUUGUGUGUGCUGAGGGGGGCGAAGCGCCGGCGUCUCCCACUUUCCUUGGAAGCAGUAGCGAGCAGAGGUGCGCCGGGAGAUCGGCCUCGUUGGGACAGUUGGGGUCUCGGCGCGCAGCGACGCCCUUUGGUAUAAGCCAUAUCCAUAUUGAAGAAUUAGCCAGCCCAAACAAGUGAAGAUAUAAGCCUGUGUGGGUGAUAAUAUAGCACUAUGUUUCAAGCUAAGGGACAAUCCAGUACAGCCUCUUCUAAUGAAGCAAAGAGCAACACGGCGACAUCUAUUGUACAGAGAUCCAAGUCAUUCAGCAUGAAGGCCCAGGUGAAAGAGACAUGCAGUGCCUGCCAGAAAACUGUCUAUCCUAUGGAGCGCCUGGUGGCUGAUAAAUUUGUCUUCCAUAACUACUGCUUUUGCUGUAAGCAUUGCCACACCAAGCUAAGCUUGGGUAGUUAUGCAGCUCUCCAUGGGGAAUUCUACUGCAAGCCACAUUACCAGCAGCUGUUCAAGAGCAAAGGCAACUAUGAUGAAGGUUUUGGGCGCAAGCAGCACAAGCAACUCUGGCUGCAGAAAGAGGUGGAAAAUGGUCUGUGUUGCGGAACUGAGGAAAGGAGCAGAUGUUCUUUCAAACAACCAAGUUUGGCAUCCUUUUUAGUGCAGCAAAAUUGAAUAGGAAUGAAAUCAUUCAACAUUUUGGAAUGGUGAUGUAAAAUGUUAAGUUCAGAUACUAAAAUCUAAAAAUGGAUGUAAGGCACCAGCUUUUUUUUCUGGACUGUAGUAUGAUUUAACUUGUUAUAUACUUUACUACUGAAAAAAAAAAAUCAACUUGCAAAGAGAAAAUCUCCAAUAAGGAUUUGAACUUCUGCUGAGAUCUUGGAGGAUCAUAACCAAGAAUAAGACUUCAAUAUGUUACUUCCAGCCAGGGAUUCGGGCAGCAUAAUGCAGAUUAUGCUGGGAUGUGCUGAACUAUUUUUGGCUAGUUAGCAUAAGCGCUUUUCCAAUAUAAAGGUGGGUAGAAUAUUUUUGAGUACAUUCUUCAAUCCUGAAGAUCUAUUAAGGAAUUGGACAAUGAUUCCUUCUUAUUUGGCCAGUAGUAAGUGUAACAGAAGUAACAGAAGCUAUCAAAUUUCUUGAUACUCUGAAAACUGAAAAAGCACUAGCACUCACUGAAUUAAUUACAAGGAAUUCAGAUUUAAUAUAUCUGUAUCCAUAUAUAUACAUCUAUACUGUGUUGUACUAUUUCCAGAAACUAAGUAAGAAAGCACUAAUGGUCCCAAUUUAUUACAUAAAAUUGGGAAUGGGCCCCCUCACUUGGGCCAGUAAAAGAAGUAUGUAGAAGGAUUCCAAUAAGAUUGGGAUUGGCCCACCUCACCUGUGCCAGUAGAAGUAAUUCUGGCUAGCAGUGCCAGGAGAGGAAUCUUUUCUGCUGUGGCUCCUGCCCUCUGGAACAUUAUGCUCCUUGAGGCGAGAUCUGAUCCCACCCUUUUGGCCUUCCAAAAGGACAUGAAAACCUGGCUCUGCAAAUUGGCCUCAGGCCCCAAUUGGAGCGUGUUAUACUGGAAGUGGUUAAUGGAUAGAAAUAAUACUCUUUUCUACCCUUGCUCCUUUUCUUGCUAUCUUUGUUAAUUCUAAGUCAAUUAUAAUGUUAAUAUCUUAAAAAAAUAUUUUAAUGUUUUAUCUUGCUGCUUUUAUUUUGUUAUAAGCUGCCUAGAAUCACCUCUUGAUGAGAUGGGUAGCAUACACAUUGAAUAAACAAACAACUUGUCGGACCUGAGGAAGUAGGCAGGGUCCUCAGGACUGAGUAGACCCCCCUGGUCUUUAGAUCCAUGCCUGUCCUGGCUUGUUAAAGAGGCCCAGAGGUAAGAUGCUGUGUGAGUGGGCUGUGGCAAUGAUUAAUUCUUGAAGGAAGGGAUUGUUCUUUUACCUCUUAUAUUCACCCUUCUUCAAGAAGCAAUUGCUGAACCCUACCAUCCCAAACAAUUUUCAUUCAGUAACAGUAUUGGAAGGGACCUUGGAGGUCAUCUAGUCCAACCCUCUGCUCACGCAGGAGACCUGUACUAGGGAUUCAAACCACCGAACUAACAACCUUUUUGAUCGACAAGCUCAGUGUCUUAGUCACUGAGCCACCUAGGCAGGCGUAUAUCACCUCUACUUUCAGGGAAAGGUAGUUGUGUAGCAGCUUCAGAAGACCUUGAAAGAAGUGAAUUUACAUCUCUUUCAGUCAUGAUUAAGACCUGGGUAUGGACGAAAACAGCACUGCUUGCAUUUCUGAAUGACCUCUGGCUUAGGUGGGAUGGGGCUAAUGUAUCCAUGACCUACUUGAACCCUUAGCAACUUUUGAUACCAUUGGCCAUGGUACCCUUCUGGAUCAGUUCAGAGGAUUUGGGGUGAGGGCAUGUUUCCUUCCGGGUUGAUUCCAGUUGGUGGUGAUUGGGAAGGAGAGGUCCCUCCCUCAGCCUCUGCUUUGUAGGGUGCCAUAAGGUUUGGUAUUUUCUCCUCUCCCUCAUAAACUUCUAUAUGUGGUUGCUGAGUGAACUCAUCCAUCCCAGUGGGUGAGAUAUCAUCAGUACACAUAUGAUACACACUUCUGUACCUCCACCCCUGGCAAAUAAAGCGAAGCUGUGAAUUCUUCCCAGGUUCCCUGUGAACCACCCAGGUCUGGGUGGCUUGGCAAAACUGAAUGGCUGGAUUUUGGGGGCCAUUGUUUCAAGGACUAUGCCAUCUUUGGUGCUGGAUUGUGUUACAUACAUACAGAUCUUAUGUGCAACUUGGAUAACCUAGAUUCAUGACCUCUGAUCAAUGAGCAAGUGGCAGUUGUGGCUAGGAGGCCUAUGCUGCAGGUACAAUCAACUAAGGGCCUACAUUUGGUGGGCUCCUGGAGUUGUGCUUUCUCUGCCCUAGUGCCUGCCUUACGAAACAUUAUUCCUAUCCAAAAUUAGAUUGGCUCCAUCCAUAUUACCAUAUAUUCUGAAAGGAUCUCAAAACCUGACUAUCUGACCAAGCCUGGGGCUCCCAGGAACCAGAGAUAUGCUUAGAUGACUCUAUUGAUGUACUCAUUGCUUUUAUUCCCUUUUUGCCUAGGUUUUGUAUUUCUGUUUAUGUAAUUACUGCUAUUUGAUUUUUAUUUUUUAUAUUUGUGAUUUUGUAUGUAGUUUUACCUGUUUGUUGUGCUCCUCCCAGAGCCACCUUCAGAGGGGCAGCUAUAUAAACUUGUUUAUAAAUAAACUAAAUAAAUAUUUGCUCAUCCAUGCUAA